AUGGCAUCUCCGUCAACUGCUGUCGAAUCGGACAAGGUGAGAACAAACAUCAGAAGAGAUCAUCCGUCCGGUCCAUCCACUCAGUCCUCCGUGCUGAUUGGUGUAUCCUGCUAUCAGAUAGCAACCGGCUGGUUGCAGCUGUUCAGUGGCAUUCUAAGUCUGAACGAUGCGGUUUCUGCGGUGCAGGCCCUCGAAACCAAGGUCAGGGCAGACAGACAGGCCUCGCACGCAGAGAGAGGGAUGAGAUAGAGAUGGACACACUGCACACGUCGAUGGGGGUCUGCUUGGCGUCAUUCGCGCUCAUGAACGGUCGGUGCAGGCGAGGAAUGUGUUUGCGUUGUUGGACCGCUGGACAGCGGGGAUAGGCGCUCAGAAGGCAUGCCCACACGUGCGCAAGGUGAGAGAAGAUGACAGAUCCCAUCUCCCCAGCUUAGACACGCUGUCCUCAUGCACUCGCAUACUUGUGUGUGCCCCUCCCCCUUGUGUCAGCGCGUGACGGUGCACUGCAAGUUGUGCGUAGAUCUGCUAGCGAAGAUGGGUAUUAGUGAUGGCGGUCGAGUAGACUUGAACAUACGGCUGAGCGUCAACGACAUCCUUCUCGCGCAUCGCCGCCUAGACACUAUCGCAGAGACUCUCACACGCGAGGUCUGUUCUACUGAGGCCACAACACAACACAACACAACACAGCACAACACACCAUGGAAACCGGUGAAUCUCGUUCCCCUCUCUCUCCGUGUGGUUUGUUUCUGUCAGUCGUUGUCGCCGCAUCCCCUGCUGGGACUGCCGGACGUGGUCACCUGCGGCCACAUCAUGCCCCUCCUCGACACCAUCACACUCGUCGGAUCCCUCAGCCGUACACACCCGGCCGUCAACACAUCCCCCGCCAUCAUGGCGCCCGACCAGCUGCGCAUCACCAGCAAGCGGCCCAUCCACAUGACCCACCAGCAGAUGGAGGCCUGGCGACCGCGGCUCCGCCAGGCCAAGCGGGCCGUGCUGCGCUGCCCUCUAACUACGUCGAUGGCGAGACUGGUGGAGGGUGCGCGAGCGAGUCUGAUGAGCCUGGAGGCGCACACAGCGGAGAAGGAGAUGGACAGGGCGGUGGAGAGGGAAGGUCCUGACCUGACGUUCUGCGAUCGGCCGUUCAUCUUCCCACUGCUCGAGAGUGUGGUGGUGACGGGCGCGUGGGGCGACGUCGCAGACAUGCGGUCGUGGCGGCCGAGGUGCGCUGGAAUGAGGCGAAUACACAAGAAGAGAUGACAACCGUGGUGUGUUGUGUUGCAUUGUUCAGCAAUCUCCGGUCGCUCGAGAUGCACCCCGCCCCCCGUCUGCCUGGCGAGGCGGAGGUGCCCUCGCCCGUCUAUUCUGGUGCCGAAGCCUGGAUGCGGUGGUGUGGGUCGGCCAAGGCGGGCGUGCACACCGCGACACUCGGUGGGUGGGACCUGGCGAAUGCCGUCGCGAAGCUGGGACCCUACCUUGGGCACGUCAAGCGACUCGAGGGGAUGGUCGUCGGCAGGCCGCGCUAUGUCAUCUACUACGACGUCAUGCAGCCAUCGACGGCCCUCGAUGCGCUGCAAGCGACCAUCAAGCCGCCGGGAGGGAAGCUCGAUCUGGCCACUAUUCGGGUGAGACCAGAAGCAGGAGGACAGGUUUGUGCUCAUGCCCACGACACACAUGCAUCUGUGUUGCCUGGUUUCUGUCAUACCUGUCUGCUGCAGGAGCUCCAUGGCUUCCGUGAGAGCUGCCUGGCGCCCCGCGCCAAGGAGGACUACAGCCAGAGCGACUUCACCUUUCCAGUCAGCCUGCUGAUCGCCAUGACCGACGACGACCUGCGCACCUACAAGCCGACACUGAUCCUCCUGGCCCCCCUCGCCACACGAGUGAGCUUCCCAACCGGCCUGCAGCCAGGCCUGCAGGUGCCCAUGGAGAUAUACCGGCUGCUGCCUUUGCUCACCUUCUCUCGCGCACACACACUGGCACUCGACGAGGCAUCUGAGGCGCUCGAGCCUCUCCCGCAGGGCCUGCUGUCGUGGUUUGAGCGGCCUUUUCCCGCCGUCUGCACGCUGGACUUGGCUGAGGGGAGGGGGGAGAGGGGGGAGGCAGUGGUGCAUCAAGCAGUCAGGAGCAUCAAGCAGCUGCAGACCAUCAGGUUCUGGCCUGAUGGCUCGGCUGAUGACGAUAGUGAUAGUGACGAGGCCAAGUUUGGCUACUCGCUGCCUCUGUGUCUGCGCAACUACUCUGGCAAGGGCCCCUUGUUCCACCUGCAGGGCCAUUUCGCCGACAAAGAGAGGCCGUGGACACUCACUGUAGUCAGCACCGGGCAGACAGGCGAGCCAGCAGACCACAUAGAGGAAAGGCCCAUCAGCCAGCGGGUACAGCGCAUCACGGCACAGGUCACCACAGUGCAGGCCAGGGCUUCUGAUGUCUUCUGCUCCACCUAUUCACCGCACGAGCCAGGUUUUGUCGCGGCCCUGGCCGCUGCGUGUCUGUCUGCCGUCACACAGCUGCCCAGUGUCGAUGUGAUAGUGUUGGAGUGCACUGAGGGGCCUGUAGACGAGGAGGACUAUGAGUGGCACCGGUGGGAUGACGGCAUUGAGUGGGAUGAGGUGUCGCUGGCGUCAUGGAGCGAGGCAGAGAGGCAGGUCAGAAUAGAUGACGUGUGGGCGGAGGAGCCGCCGGCCGACCCACCCACACUGCUCGACGCAGUGGAGCUGGCGCGGGUCAUUGUGAGGGACUCUGUGCCGGAGCGCACGGUGCUCUUCCGCUCUGACAUGGCCGCUCGUGGGUUUGAGUGUGUGGCGCUGCCUCAGCUAGCCGUAGAUUGCCGCAUAGAGAUCCGCCGGCGAGGCCUCUCAAUGCCUGCGGCCGGCCAGAAGAGAAUCACUGACUACUUCACGCCUCUCACUCACUGAUGCGUGUGUGUGUGUGUGUAUGUGUUUUGUGCAUAGUUGCGUCUGCGGAUGUCUCCCUUUGGCUGUGCGUGUCUAGUGUCUCGUUGCAUGCUGCAUGGCGACAUCUACCGAGAGCAGCAUGGACCUCUGUGUGUGUGUGUCUCACUGAAAGUCACUUGAACGUGC